AUGCGGAACAAAACCGGUGCAGUCCUCUGUGCCCUUGCCCUUCUGACAGGCUUUCUGAUCAUCUGCCUGGGGGCCUUCUUCAUCUCCUCAGGCUCCACGUUCAACUGUCGGUGGAACCUGAUCCUGGCCUAUUUGCUUCUGCCUCUGGGGUUUGUGAUCCUUCUGAGUGGGAUUUUCUGGAGCACCUACCGCCAGGCGAGUGAAAACAAAGGGAUGUUCAGCCAUGGGCUCAGACCACAUCUUGCUCACAGGGCCAUGGCCCCAGCCACAGUGGACAGGCCAGAUUUUUACCCUCCUGCUUAUGAAGAAAGUCUGGAUGCUGGAAAGCAAACCUGUCCUGCAGAGGGAGAGGCCGUGGAUAUCCCUCCACCUCUGUACACAGAGAUGGACUUUGGAUAUGAGGUUGAAAGUGGUGCUCACCAAGAGGCACCACCAUCCUAUGCCGAGUCUGUAGUGGACGGGGUGGCGGCAGCAACACCAUGGAAAGAUGCCCAGAGGCAAAGCCAAGAGUGCUGA